UUGGGAUCACCCUUUCCUGCUUGAGCUCGUAUUGUAGCAACAUGGGCAAGUGUCGUGGACUGCGUACUGCCAGAAAGCUGCGCAACCAUCGCCGUGAACAGAAAUGGCACGAUAAGCAGUACAAGAAAGCCCACUUGGGCACUGCUCUUAAGGCCAAUCCCUUCGGAGGAGCUUCUCACGCCAAGGGCAUUGUUCUUGAGAAAGUUGGUGUUGAAGCCAAGCAGCCCAACUCUGCCAUUAGGAAAUGCGUGAGGGUCCAGCUGAUCAAGAACGGUAAGAAGAUCACAGCUUUCGUCCCCAACGACGGCUGCUUGAACUUCAUUGAGGAGAACGAUGAAGUUCUGGUGGCAGGAUUCGGUCGUAAGGGACACGCCGUCGGUGAUAUUCCCGGCGUCCGUUUCAAGGUGGUCAAAGUGGCCAACGUUUCCCUCCUGGCCCUCUACAAAGGCAAGAAGGAGAGACCCAGAUCAUAAACAGUACAUGCCCACAAGUCAAUAAAGGUUGUUUUUUUUCAAGACCA